UGAGCUGAUGAAACUUUGCCGCAUUGCAAGUGCAGAGGCGAUUGACUGUUUAUACGUACGCGAAUACACAACGAAGAGAUUAUGUCGAAACGUGGGCAACCGGCGUGGCAAGCACCCAAGGCGGCGGAUCGGCCGAAGCUAAAGCUGUUCAACAGCCUCACUCGCCAAAAGGAGGAAUUCGUACCGCUGGACGGGAAUAAUGUAACGUGGUAUAGCUGCGGACCCACCGUUUACGAUGCCUCCCACAUGGGGCAUGCCAGAUCUUACAUUUCCUUUGACAUUCUACGACGCAUUCUGGCCAACUACUUUGGUUACAACAUCCACUAUGUGAUGAACAUUACCGACAUCGACGACAAGAUCAUCAGACGGGCACGGCAGAAUUAUCUUUUCGAGGAAUAUACCACCGAGGCUGCCAAACUCCCCCUGGAUAAGCUGCUGGGUCAGCAAAAAGAGGUACUCUUACGGUUCCAGGAAUCAUGCGCCAAGAACACCGAUCCCGAUAAAAAGAUCAUGCUGGACAAGACUCUGCAGCGCAUGAACGAUGCAGUGGAAGCUCUUACCAAAGCGGUUGGAAAGGGAAUUGAACAAGAGAUCUCCGAGAAGCGGCAACACUACUUAAACGAAGCCAAGGACCCAAUCUCCGAAUGGUUGGAUGCGCAGAAAGGCGCUCAGAUCAACGAUAAUACAGUGUUCGAGGCUCUUCCACGUUACUGGGAAGACCAGUUCCACAAUGACAUGAAAUCACUGAAUAUUCUACCACCUGAUGUUUUAACCCGAGUUUCGGAGUACGUGCCCCAAAUAGUUACUUUCAUCCAAAAGAUCAUCGACAAUGGGUUGGCCUAUGCAGCUAAUAACUCUGUUUACUUCGAUGUAAAUGGUUUUGACAAGAGGGAAAAGCAUCACUAUGCCAAGUUGGUACCGGAGGCUUAUGGCGAUACCAAGUCCCUGCAAGAGGGCGAAGGUGAUCUGUCUGUAACCGAGGAUAAGCUUUCCGAGAAGCGAUCUGCCAAUGACUUCGCUUUGUGGAAGGCGAGCAAAGCCGGCGAACCCUGGUGGGAUAGCCCUUGGGGCAAGGGUCGUCCUGGCUGGCAUAUUGAAUGCUCUGCCAUGGCCUCUGAUAUUUUUGGGCCAUCUUUUGAUAUACAUACUGGCGGAGUGGACUUGAAGUUCCCCCAUCACGAUAAUGAACUGGCCCAAUCAGAGGCGGCAUUCAACGAAUCCGAAUGGGUUAAGUACUUCCUGCACACAGGUCACCUCACCAUCGCGGGCUGCAAGAUGUCCAAGUCGUUAAAGAACUUUGUCACUAUUCAGGAAGCCCUUAAGAAGCACUCUGCCACUCAGCUUCGACUGGCAUUCCUACUGCACUCAUGGAAAGACACGCUCGACUACUCAGAAAACACCAUGGAAAUGGCCACACAAUACGAAAAGUUCCUCAAUGAGUUCUUCUUGAAUGUCAAGGAUCUAACACGGCAUGUGCUUUCCGAAGAGCCGCGAAGUCAGUUCGAUGCCUGGAGAGAAGUUGAGGCGACCCUGCAGAAGAAGUUUGCCAAUUCACAGGUCCAGGUUCAUACAGCUCUCUGUGACAACAUUGACACUCGCAGCGCACUUGAUGCUAUUCGAGAGCUGGUGUCCGCCUCGAAUGUUUAUAUUCGGGACAAUAAGACUAGGCUUAAUAGCCUGCUCCUGCGCAAUGUUGCCACUUAUAUUACGGAUCUCUUGCAUGUAUUUGGCGCUAUCUCUGGACCUCGCGGUGGCAUUGGAUUCCCCGUUAAUGGUGGCUCAGGGGCACAAGCAGCCGGCGGGGAUUUGGAGUCGACGGUGUUGCCUUACGUUCAAUCCCUGGCAGAAUUCCGUAAUUUGGUGAGGGAACAAGCCAAAACUCUGAAGGCAUUCGAUAUCCUAAAGCUCUGCGAUGAUCUGCGAGACAAUGUGUUGCCCAACUUGGGUGUGCGCCUGGAGGACAAGGAUGGUGGCAAGUAUGCCGUUAAGCUGGUUGAUCGCGACUCACUUUUACGUGAGCGAGAGGCUAAGCUAGCCGCUGAAUCAGAGAAGGCAGCUGAGAAGGAACGCAAGAAACAGGCAGCUGCUGAGGCCGCUGCGGCCAAAGAAGCUCAACGCCGCGUGAAUCCCAAGGAAAUGUUCCUCAGCGAAACGGAAAAGUAUUCGGCAUUCGAUGAAAAUGGACUUCCAACUCUCGACAAGGAGGGAAAAGAAGUUAGCAAAGGGCAGAUAAAGAAGCUUCAAAAACUCCAGCAGCAACAGGAGCAACGUUACAAAGAGUAUUUGGCUUCCAUUAAAGCCUAAAACCUAAGAUCAGAGCAACCAUGUUAAUGAUAUUAGCAUAGCAUUUAACCAAUCCAAAACCUUAACACACACCUUAAAAUAUACCAUUUAGUUAAAGCAAGAGAUAUUUGUUCCGAGCUUAAAAAAAAAAUCCAGCCAAUAAAACUAUUUUUCUACGCUAA